AUGGGGCCCCCGGGCAAUAGGGGAUCAUGGGGCACCUGUGUCCUUGUCCAAAUUCGAAAAAGUCUAUGAAAAAGGUACCAGGGGCAUCUCAUGGGGCCCCCUACUGUCCCUGGGCCCUCGGGCAGUGCCCGAGUUUCCAAAUGGUCAUCCCGCCCCUGACAUGGUGUCGCUAUAUGAAAAAAAAAAUAUAUAUAUAUAUAUAUUUUUUUUUUUUUUAUUAUAUUUAAUUUUUUAUUACAUUUUUUUUUUUUUUUUUAAGAUUUUUUUUUUUCAUAUUUUACUAUGACCAAAGUAGUACAAUGUUACCAUAGUAACACUGUACUACUUUGGG